AUGCAAGCCGUAAGUAUGGAAGGUAAAUUUCAUGAGUGUCAUAUUCAAUCAAAAGACAGUUAUAUUAAAUCAAGAACGCACACAAAAGUGUUGCUGUUCUCUUAUUUUUGUUUCUUUGUUUAUACCUGGUAUGUUAAUAUAGUGUGUGUGUAUCCAUUAAAUUUUAGUAGCACGUAUUUUAUUUAUUAUUUUAUAUUACAAGGUUUAGGAGGUAUAUUCCUUGGGUUUUUUUCAGAUAUAUAUGGAAGAAAAAUAUGUUUAAAUAUAUCCUUUUUUAUUUUAUUAAUAAUAUUUAUUCUUUCUUUUAUUACGGUGAAAACAUCUUUCUUUUUGUUUUAUCAAAACAUACCUACAACCAAUAAUAAUGAGAAGGGCCUAGAUUUGUUCUUUUAUAGUAAUACACCUCAUACACAAAUAAAUACAUAUCAUGAAAAAAAAAUAUAUAUACCUAAUAAUAACAAUAAUAAUAACAACAACAAUAAUAAUAAUAACAACAAUAAUAAUAAUAAUAAUAAUAAUAAUAAUAACAAUAGUGCUUAUUUUAAUUAUAAAGAUAUUUACACCUUUUUAAUGAACUAUAAACAACACAUAAAAGGAAAUGAUGAAUAUAUAAAGAGGGACACCGAUAUAAAGGAUCAUCCUAAUUAUAAUUAUCUUUAUAUUAAUAUAAAUAAUGAUGAAAUCAAAGAUAAUAUAAGUGUUGAGAAUAAUUUUAUAAAUAAUGAUCAUCUAGAUGAUACCAACAAUUUAAUUAUUAAUAAUAAAAAAAAAAAAACAAAUAAAAAGAGCUACAACAAAAUGGGAUAUUCAUCACACACAAAUAAAAAUAAUAACCCUGAUAUUCAAAAUGAUCAUAAAAAUGAUGAUAAUAAUAAUAAUAAUAAUAAUAAAGAUAAGGACAAUUCUUAUAAUUAUACUUAUGAAGAUGAUCAUUUUGUAUAUCAUCCUAAUAAACAUAUAAACUAUUAUGAAAUAUAUUUUAAAAACAAAAAUAACAACAAUAAAAAUAAAAGUAAAAAACAAAAAAAAAAAUAUUAUCAUGACGACAUUAUGAUGGAAGCAAAUAACAAUGAAAAUUUGAAUGACGAGAAUUAUAUGGAAAGCCAAAUAUCACAAGAAGAGCUACAUCAAACUAUUUUAGAUAUAAUGAAAAAAACAUUGGAAGGUAUUAAUAAGAAAUAUAUAUUAACAAAUGAUAAUACGUUUAUUAAUUUUAUGAAUUUAUGUAUAGACAAAAAUAUAAAUUAUAAUAAAAACAACAACAACAAUAAUAACAACAACAACAAUAAUAAUCAUCUUAUACAUAUGAUUAAUGAUAUAUAUAAACUAGAAAAUGACAAUAUUUCUAUUGUUGAAAAUUCACAUACUUAUAGAACACCUAAUAAUACUUUAAAUAAUUUAAGAACGAAAAAAAUACAAAUAAUUACUUCUAUAAUUAAUAAUAAUAUAAGUAAUAUCCAAGAAAUAUGUAUUAAUGAAAUGAUAAAUAUAUAUAGAAUCUUUAAAAAAAUGAAUUGUUUAAAAACAAAUAUAGAAUACACACCUAAUAAUAAUAAUAAUAAUAAUAAUAAUAAUGAUGAUGAUGAUGGUGGUGAAGGCGAUAUAUAUGGUAUUGAACGAUGCUUAGAACUCAUACAUAAAGAUAUAAUAAAACAUAAUAAUAGUAAUAAUAGUAUAAACAAUCAAAAUUAUAACAACUAUAAUCAAGAUAAUAAACAAACUUCUUUAUAUUAUCAAACUAAUAUAUCUAAUGAAAAAAUGUCAUCUCAACAUUCUGAUGAAGAUAAUAAUAUGAAUGACAAUCAAAAAUUUAUAUUAUAUUUUUAUAAAAUUAUAUUUUAUAGUAUUACAUGUCUCAGUGGUUUAUUCAUUAAAGGAAUUAACAAUAUUUUAUGUUUAAUUAUUACAGAAAAUAUAAACGCGAAAUAUAAAACUAAAGCAGUGUCUCUCAUAUUCAUUUUAGAAAGUUUAUCUUUAAUUAUUAUUCGCUCUUUAUUUUAUUUUAACCACCUUAUAAAUAUAUUUCUUUUAUACAAAAUAAAUUUAGCAGUAUGCUUUUUUUUAAACCUAUUAAAUAUUUUUAUAUUAAAUAAAUAUUGUGAUAAGCUUAGCAUACCAAUCUUAGAAAUACAAAAAAAAAUUUUACAAAAUUUUUAUACAAAUAAUAAUUGGAAAUCCAUGGAAUAUUUUCAACCUGACAUUUCACAAAUCAGUUCCUAUAAACAAAAAAAUUUAAGUCAAGAAGAAAAUAAAAACAACAAUAUGUCUUUGCUCUUGAGCAGCAUGGAAAAUAAGAAUAUAACAUCGACUGAUAAGGUCAAUCAUUCACAUGGAUAUAAAAAUAAACAAAACAUACAAAGUGAUGGUAAUAAUCAAAAUAAUCAAAAUAAUGACAAUCAUGAAAAAGAUCUAAAAUUAGAUAUAAAUCAUAUGCACAACUCGAACCAAAAUAGUAACCCGGAUUAUAGUCACCAUGAUAAUUACAGUGAUUCAAGCGACGACGAUGAAGACGAUGAAAACGAUGAAGACCAUGAAGACCAUGAAGACCAUGAUGAUCAACAAAAACAACUGAAAGAUGAAAAACAAGAAGAAAAAGAACCAAGAUAUAAUUUAGAAAAAACAAAAUCAUACAAGAAACAAAAAAAAAAAUAUAAAAAAAAAAAUAAAAAAAAAAAAAAAAAAAAUUCAAGUGAUGAUUAUAUGAAAGACCUUUCCUUUGAUGAACUCCUUGAAAAUAAUUUUCGAAAAUCAAAAAAAAAAAAUAUAAAUGAAUCUGAAAAAAAAUUAUGCGCAAAUACUUGUAUAAAUUAUAAUCAUAUAUUAAAUUGUAAUAUUAUAAAAGAUAGUGAAGAAGAUUUAUUUAUGGAAAAAAUAAAAGAUAGUAAAGAAUUUAUAGAAUAUAAACAAUAUCUUAAAAAUAAUAAUAUAUUUAAAAUAUAUAUCAAAUGGUUAUAUUAUACAUUAUAUGCAUAUAAAUAUUUAAUUAUAUCAUUAUGUAUAUUAAAUUUCUUAUUCAAUUUCCUAUAUAUUAGUUUCUUUAUUAUAUAUAAUAUAUUUAUAUAUGAUAUAAAGAGUUCUAAAAAUUUCUAUAAAAUGAAUGAUUCAUUUAUUAUUUUAAAUUCUAUAAUACUUAUAUUCUAUAUAUUCUUAUAUUUCUAUUUACAUCGUAUUAUAUUAAAAAUAUUAAAUUUAUUUGGAUAUUUAUUAAUCACAUUUGUAUCCUUUUCACUUAUAUUGUUUUUAUAUUCUACCUCAUAUUUUCAUAUAUCUUUAUAUGAUAAUACAUAUAUUAUUUAUACUAUUAUCUUCUAUCUAUUCUUAUUUAUACCAAAUGUAUCUCUAUUUUUAUUUUCUAUAAAUUACUUUCAUACUAUACACAAAGGAUUCCUACUAGGUGUCUUUACAUUUAUAGGAAACCUCGGAUUCGUAUCCUAUACAAUAUUCAGAUUUAUUAUACAAGAACAAUAUAUGACACUCUACAAUCUAAUAUUCUCCUGUGUUAUCUGUAUUAUAUCGUGCAUAUUUAUUAUUCUCUUUAUUCCACAAAUCAACUCAUGCAUAGAUUUGCAUAUUGUGGACCACUCAUAUUUUAAUCAUUUCUUAUUAUAUGGAUAUAACAAAAAGAAGGUAUCACCCCUCUUCACCUCACUAACAUUCCCAUGUGAAAUUUCCCACACAUGA